AUGUCCCUCCCACGCAUCUCCUUCCUCGAAGGAUGGGAGCGCGCUCCAGCCGCAGCUUUCCUACGGGGCCGAACGGACGAGCCCCAGUCAGACACCGACUCCGACAGCUACCAGGAUCUCCCCGACGACGCCUCGAUAGCAUCUUCCUUCCCCUCCACGUAUAGCAGACUCAAUUUCAAUCCAUAUGCGGGGCCUGGAUGGAGCGAGAGCGCAGUCGAUGAUCGCGACGAUCGUCCCUCGCUGCUGGGCUCUCUGGGUCUCUCCCCCACGACGACGCGGGAGACGCGUGCGGAAUCGGAGCGGGGAAUAGGAAUACCGCCAACGCCUCCUGUGGCAGUGCUGCACAAGGAGCCACCCUGGUUGUCGGAGACGCGGGGCGCGUUUGAAGUGAGCCCUGCACGACGAAUCGUUCUUUACUGCUUUCUCGCGGCCGGCGUGGUAUUCGGCUUUGCGGCGUUAAAGCCCGUCCUUAUCAGGGAGCAUGUAUAUCGUAAUCUUUGCUCCCAGGAGGAGCUUGAUAACGAUGUUACGGUGUGCGAUGGGCAGGAAAUCAAGUUGAACUUGAUGUUUACUAUUGCCGCCGUUGUAACCAACGUCUCAGCUCUACCCGUCGGAACCAUCCUAGAUGCAUACGGUCCCCGCGUGUGCGGCAUCAUUGGGAGCAUCUGCCUAGCCACCGGUGCUACCUUGUUCGCCAUGGCAAAGCAAUUACCCUUUGACGGAUACAUCCCGGGAUACCUCCUUCUCUCCCUCGGCGGACCAUUCGUCUUCAUCUCCUCCUUCCAACUAUCAAAUACAUUCCCCAAACGGUCCGGACUAAUUCUCUCAAUGCUAACCGGGGCAUUCGACGCAUCCAGCGCGCUCUUCCUAAUCUUCCGGCUUCUCAACGAGACCACAAACGGCCUCAUCUCAACCCGAACAUUCUUCCUAUCAUACCUCGUAGUCCCCAUAUUCAUCAUCGCCAUCCAACUCGCAAUAAUGCCGUCAACAUCCUAUAAAACAGCCGGCGAACUCGUCCAACAAGCCGAAGCCCAAGUCAUCGACGAACUCCACGACCGCGUCAGCGACCGCAUCCACGACCGCAACGAAGGCGAACGCCAACGCAACAUCCGCCGCGAACACCGCCAAAACAUCGUCAACAAAAUCACAGACCUCCUCGACGACGGCACCGCCUCCAUAGUCUCGGCAGCAGGAAUCAACGAUUCAGUCUUCAAUUCUUCGCUUCGCCCAGCAAGUCCGUUACACCACAUACCCCGUGGCCAAUCCCCCAAACCACCAAAACUACCUCUCCAACCCCAGCCCCAACCAAACACCCACAACAGCGGCGUCUGGGGCGUCCUUCACGGCCACAGCGCGCUCUCCCAACUCCGCACCCCGUGGUUCACUCUAAUAACCGCCUUCACCAUCCUAAUGAUGCUUCGCAUAAACUACUUCGUGGCCACCCUCCGCUCCCAAUACACCUACCUCCUACACUCCCCCACACAAGCCGCCCACAUAAACACCAUCUUCGACAUCUGCCUACCCACGGGCGGCCUAGUAUCGAUCCCGUUCAUCGGGACAUUCCUGGACAAAUGCCAAACACGCACCGUACUAGCGAUUCUCGUCGUGGUCGCGACUGUGAUCGGGGUGCUGGGUUGUAUAGAGGGGAGCGUGGACGCGGCAUAUGCGAAUAUCGCGCUCUUCGUGCUGUACAGACCAUUCUAUUAUACCGCUGUGUCGGACUAUGCGGCGAAGGUGUUUGGGUUCCAGACGUUUGGGAAGGUGUAUGGGUUGAUUAUUUGUUUGGCCGGGGUGGGCAAUUUCGCGCAAGCGGGGUUGGAUACGAUUACGUUGAGGGGGUUUGGGGGGGGAUCCUGUUCCUGUGAAUGCUGGGUUGACGGGGUUGGUUGGGGUUGUGGGUGUUGGAAGACUGUUGUUAUUCGUAGAGAGCGGGAGAAGAAUGUAUUUGUGGGUGUUGGUGGUGGUGGAGGGCAGGAUACGGCGAAUAUGAGUCGCAGUCAGAGUCAUGUUGUAGGUCAGGGGGUGACGGUUAGAGAUUGGGAGCGGGAGCCCCUGUUGAGUAGUGCUGAUAGUGAGGGUGGUACACAGGGGCAGAGGGGGUAUGGUUCGUGA